AACGUUCGCCAACGUAACAGACGUGUUCGCUCCGCGUAUUUUUCUUGUUUUAGUUUCUUUUGCGUCGAAUUACUUGAAACUACGCAUGUUGGUCAGCUUAUAAGUGCAAGCGAAAAACAAAGAAAUAUCCAUUUUAGUGAAUCCUUGGUGCUGUUUAAAUGAUCUCAACUUACAUAAGGCCAAACAUUACACGAACAUUCAAGUUGCAUGCAGUGCAACACAACACAAAAGAAACGGGAAACGGGCAUCAUGCAAAAACAGCGAACCUAAUUUUAUUAACAAAGACACGCAAAUAAGUGCAUAUGAAAUUGCAAGCGAUUAUGCAAACGAUUGCUAAAGAGUAGCAAAAACAAAAACACUACUCAACGACGAGCCUUCAGAAUUUAGAAUAUAGCACAAAUCAAAUCAAAACGAUUAGAGAAUAGUGGUUGAAGCGCGCCAACGUCAGCAUCUCUAGGUUUCAAUUAAUUAAUAGGAUUAACAUUACUUUUAUUGCAAACUAGUGAGAAAAGCUCCUCAACAUGGACACUGGCAAUGUGAUGGACAUUUAUGCCAUAUAUUUAUUUCGACCCGGAAGUUCGCCCGUUGAUUGGUGCGAGGGCAAUUAUUUAAUAUCGUCGAAUAUUGCUGAGUUCGUCAACACGUUCAGCAACUUUCUGUUCAUAUUAUUGCCACCAGUUUUAAUAAUGCUGUUUAAGGAAUAUGGUCGCUUUGUCACACCCGGAAUACACUUGCUUUGGGUGCUACUAAUCGUGGUUGGACUGAGCUCGAUGUAUUUCCAUGCCACUCUCAGUUUGUUGGGUCAAUUGCUGGAUGAGCUGGCUAUAUUGUGGGUCUUUAUAGCUGCAUUCUCAUUGUUCUAUCCUAAGCGCUACUAUCCGAAGUUUGUGAAGAACGAUAGGAGAACCUUCAGUUGGCUUAUGUUACUGUCGGCCAUUAUCGCAACAGGUUUGAGCUGGUGGAAGCCAAUCGUUAAUGCCUUUGUGCUCAUGCUUAUGAGUGUGCCGACAAUGAUAAUGCUCUACACUGAGCUGCAACGAGUACGAGAUCAGCGCGUUUACCGACUGGGCUUGAGGGCGACAACAGUUUGGGGCGUGGCAGUCUUCUGUUGGAUUAACGAUCGCAUGUUUUGCGAAGCCUGGUCUGCUAUAAACUUCCCAUAUCUGCACGGAUUCUGGCAUAUAUUAAUAUUCAUAGCUGCUUAUACGGUUCUGGUGUUGUUCGCCUAUUUCUAUGUGGAAUCCGAAUUGCCACAACGUCAGCCUCUGCUCAAAUAUUGGCCAAAGAAUGAGUUUGAGUUUGGCAUACCAUUCAUAUCCAUUAGAAAUCCAGAUUCGAAAGAUUGGCACGUCUACUGCAGCUUGUUCAUGCAGGAUUUCAACAACGGGAAAAGUCUCUGCACGGAAGGCUCUAAAAUUAUUUAGACAAUUCUCCUAUACAAAUGCCCUAUACAAUAAACCAUCAUUAUAACAAUGACAAUGACAAUGUAUAGAGUGUUUAGCAUAGACAAAGUGAUAUAAAUUAGUGUUACGACUAAUGCCUAAGCAAUUUAAAUUAUAUACAUACAAACAUACAUACAUAUAUCUAAAUAUACUUAUGACUAUACAAUCCUGAACAAUUAAAUAGCUUACCUGGUACUAAAGGAAAACAAAACAAAUUUCAACAGCAAUGCAAGGUUUAUAGCUGCCAUUUAGAAAAUACUUAAGGGCAAUUGAACAAAACACAAAAUAAAUAUUACUUUACAAAUAUGCAAGUAAAACGAAAUGUACUGAGUUAAAAAGGCAAAUCAAUUGUUUAAAUAUGCAAAAUGUUUUCGUAAUAAAGCCUGGUAGAAAACAAA